AUUGCGUUCCACCCACAUUCACAGACACACAGGGAAUUGUUCAGCCAGUCAAUCAGUCUGUGCAGACUCGGAUGCCUUUGGUUUUGUGGUGUUCGUUUUCUCAAUAAAGAGAUUCUUUUUUAUAACGCUCCACAAGAGGUUUUAACAGCUCAUUGAUAAUGCCCCAGUAAACCAUUUUUUUAAAAAUAUACUAUCAUUUUUCUUGCGUGUUUGCAGGGCGCGGAUGUCAAGAGUAACUUUGGUAAUUUUUUCCCAAGUUGAAUAUUUUCACUCCUAGCGGAGCGGCUCCUGGAUUGGAAGGCUGACCGAGCGUUUGCAGAGUACUGAACGUUCAACAACUAUUGCUGUGAAUACGGGGUCACAGACAGAAAGGUCAUGCCUUGGAGGACGUGGAAUGACUCUGUAGGACGUGGAAUCGAGAGCUAAGAGAGGAUAUUUCUUCAGAGGACUUGGUUUCCACUGCUUUUUUGAAAACACAGCACUCUCCAAACUGCCUAAUAUUCUGUGUUACUGCACCUAAUGUGUGCACAAUCAUUGUCAAUUAAGUGCCUGAAAAUUUGUAAUUCAAUAUGUUUUGGCGUCACAGUGAAUCAUUGCUGUUGUUGCUCUGGGCAAUACUGACAAACCACAAGAGUCUAUUGCAAGAGUCCAAAUGCACUUUCUCAAAUACCAUGGAUACCAUAGCUGACAUAAAAAUUGCCCUAACAAAAGGGCUGAAAAGCUUGGAACCUUUCCACACUGACAGCUUGGAGGAAUGCCAUAAUAAGUGCUGUACUGGCCCACCUUUAAUAGGAGAAAACCUGUGCAAUUUUAUGACGUUUAAUCGAAGAAAUAAUUCAUCUUUUCAAAAUUGCUACCUUUUCUACUGUCCAAACAAAGAUGCUUGUCCAUUGAUGUCUUCAGAAGGAUUUGUAAGCCACUUUAUAAAAAGAGAUCUUGCGAGUAUGAAGGAGUUGGAUGAGUCCAUGAAAGAAAGAUUUCCUGACAGAGGGGAACAAUCAUCAGAUCAUGGAGUUUCUACUGAUCUGCUCAACAAUCCAACAUCUAAUCUUGCUUCUACACCAAUAGUCACUCCUCUCCAAAAGAUGACAAUGCAGCAAGUGUCUUACUCCACCUAUCCAAAAGUUUCCAUUUUCCCAGUGACCACCAAACAGUUAACCAUGACUAGAACUCCCAAAGUGUCAAUGGUAGCAAUGUUGCUCCGAACCACCCAAAUGUGGACUACUGACAAAUUGAAGACAUCUACCAUUCUUCCAACUACCCAAUCAACAACUGCUCAUGCUUUCCUAGCCAGUCUGCCAUUGACUUCUACACAGUUAACAAGAACAAAUCACCAGACUCUGCUCUCGAUGAACAAAAUCCAGCCAAUGGCAGCCACCACUCUCCCACAAAUUCUCCCAAUCACUACCACUCAGACAACAACUACCCUUCCAGUUACUAAUACUCAGGCAACCACCCUUUCUGCCACUAUUGCCCCCCCUCUGCCAGUCACCACUAUAUGGACAACUACCCUCCCAACCACUCUCCCAAUCACCACCACUCAGACAACUACGCUCCCAGUCACCACCCCUCAAACAACUAUUCUCCCAACCACACUCCCAGUCACCACCACUCCGACAACAGCAACCAAACUCUUGACCACCACCAUCCUUCCAAAGAACCUUUUAACCACCCGUAAAGUCUCAAUAGCAAAACUGAUCCCAAAGAAGACUGAGCAAUCCCUCAUUUCAAGGGUUCCAGCUGCAAAAACCCCAUUCUUUGAGAUUAUAGGUGGAGCAGUAAAUAAUGGAGGUAACAGCAUACUGGACCAAAAACCUUUGGAAAGACAGGACAAAUUGGGAGGACAAAUGGAUGAUUCAAAAAUGAAAAUUCAGAGUGGACUUAUUGCUGCUUUAUUGUUUGGUUUGUUAUUUCUAAUUGUAGCAAUGGUUUUGUUAAGUAAACAGAUAUCAGAAUCCUAUAGUAGGAGGCACUAUACCAGAAUUGAUUAUCUCAUAAACGGAAUGUAUAUAGCUGCAUGAGGUAAAGUAGAUUAGAAGAAUUGACUGGUUUCAUUAUGAAUAAUUUAUAGAAAAGCCUAGUAUAACAAAAACAUUUGUCCCUUUUUUUUUUAGAAGUCUUACAUAAAUAUGAUUCAUUUUCUCGUCUAGCUCUCCUUAUUGGAUGUGGGGAAUAAUUUGCAAGCUGCAUUACUGAAUAAUUAAAAAAGUAAAUUUAAAUAGUCCAUUGACUGGAUUACUCACUCCCCUGCUGGUGGCUUUGGGGUAUGGAUGGCACACAAGUUAAAUCCAGCAGGAGGGCUGUCUGCUGCCAAUGUAAAACACUGAUCUUCUGUUAGGAACUUAGGGGACUCUAAAUAAAUGUAAAACCAAAUAAAUGAUAAACUUCUAAUGCAUCAUUUGUUGAAAAUGCACAUAUUUUUCAAUAAAACAAAACUGAACAACUAGGCACAGCAAUCUUCAUUAGAAAGUUACGGAGUAUUUGCUUCAGUUCAGUAGCAUAUAACAUUAAGUUGUUUAGGUAUUUACCCCCUUACCAUCUACUGAAAGAUUGCUGAUGCUCAGUACUACUGUUAAUUAGUCAUGGGAGAAAUUACUCUCUUUUGUCGCCUUUCCUUCACCUCCCACCCACCCUACCGUAGACUAACAUUUGUUUCUGUUCUAGUAAAAGUUAGAGGAUGGUGAGGCUCAAUUCAUUGGAUAGUGAUCAGAAGUGAGAAGUAUGGAAGGAUCUGAAAGAUAUAGUAUUGAGUAGUGACUUAAGCACCACUCACUAUGAUGUUGUACAGACUUUUGCGGGAGUUGGGGGGUGAGAUAGUGGAGAACAGAUUAAGAUCUUGAAGGAGUGAGACUCCCCAUCUGGGUCUUCCUUUCCAUCUCUGAGAUGCUUCUCACAGUGUAACUUGUAACAUAGUUGCUGCCAUUACAGUAAGCUUCAUCUUGUUUAAGACAAGUUCCUCUUCUGAUUAGAUCACCAAGUGGUUUUCCUGUAGAAUGCUGGACCAAGCAAGCCGAUCAAUCCUACCGAGAAAGUGGGCAGUGGCAACAAAUCUACCAGAUAGCGAACUAUAGCAACCUGCUAACCCUCACUCUGAAUUUCAAUUAUUCUUCUAAUAUAGAAGCAAUGGUUCCUGGACACCACCAAGGUUUCAGAAUACUGGAAAAGAAGUAAUGAUCAUGUGAUGCCAAACUUGAAAUUUAAUAUUUAAAUGGUUGGGAGAGGAAGGAAAGAUUAAGAUGCAUAGCAAGAGGUUGUGGAAAAGAAUAAGUCAAAAAAGGGAAGGCUAUUCUUAACUCCAAUACAGCUAAGAUGUAUUAAUUAACAGGAUGUUAUAAUUGAAUCAGGUGAGGUUGCUGAUCUGCUUGCCUCCAUGUUAUGUCCCAUGCAAAGUAUAAAUUCACUUUCUUGAGUUCUGCACUGUAACAAAAAAAGUUGUAAACAUGAAAAAUAUGUAGAUCCUAUAAUUUACAUUUUUAAUUUAUAACUGUACCAUAGAAUGAUAAACUGCAAAUUAAAUUUUCCCCUAGUAUGCUGAGAUAACAAUCUGAAUUAUUUAAUUGUGGGUGGGGAGACUGAGUGUACACUGAAUAUUUCCCCACACUCGUGUAAAGGAAAUUUCUGCUUGAGCUGCUUUACCAUGAAGAAGGGUUUUUGUUUUGUGAUUCAAACAUUAGGAACUUGUUUAAUGUACAUGGAAAAAAUAACGGCAAGGAUUAUUAAGCCUUUGUCAAGGUUUUUGUGCUGCUGCCUGUAAUCAAUGGUCAAACUGAGUACCGAGUACUAGAUGUAGAAAUAGGAGACCAGUUAGCUCCAUGGUCUCAAUGACUAAUGUGUCAUUCAGAAUAAUGCCAACAGCACGGGUUGAUCCUUGUGCUGGCUGAGCUACACUUGGAACCUGCAUCUGAGAAUAAAACUGCGUGACAAAUAUGAACUGAAAGAAAUGGCUUAAGAUAAAAUAUCAGCAGACAAUGAGCCAUGGACUGACCAUCAGCCAAAGCCCAAAUGAAUAAGAAAUGUAGAAAACAGAGAAUGUACAAACUAAUUAAGAACUGGAACAACAUUUUUUUUUUACUGUAAGUGCUAAAGAAUUAAUUCAUCCUUGUACUUUGAUCUAAACCUUAUCACAAUUGAAAUGUUCUGUUUUAUUGUGGAAGAAAAGAAUGAAAUAUCAAACAAAAAUGAUCAUCAGGUAAUUUAGAAGUUGUAACUAUUGUUAUAAACUGGAGUAUUGUUGAAUGACAAUUGGCCAUUUGGUUCAUCAAGCCUCCAUCCUAACAGACAACAGAUAUCUGUGUCUGUCAAGUUGUUCAUAGUUUAUUUCUCUUCUGCUGGUAUUAAGUACUAAGAUGAAAACUGGAAUAUCUAUUAGACCAAAGCCAUAGAAAAUUCUGAGAUAUACAUUUACUAUGGAGUUGUCUGUGAAUUAUUUUCUCCAAAAUAAAUUUCCAUGGUGCUGGGGGAUUACAAUUUGUUUUGUAGUGUAACUCCUUUAUCCCUCCAAACUACCUCCCAGUAACCCUUGUUUUUACUUGCUUUUGAACGCAUGGAAGUUGCUGUUAAUUCUAAGAUAUCUUUCACCGUCAAGGUUCUGGUCCAAUCUAUGCUCACCAGAAUGCAAUUUACUUUACUGUUUCAUGUUAUAGAUGGUCUUGAGCAUUUUUGACAAACAUCUGUCGCCAAGCCACAGUAAAACCUCCUACAAUGUGUAGCUCUUUACAAUUUACCAUUCUAUGGUAAUCGCUAAAGCCCACUUCAGAAUGUUCUCGCUGAUCUUCUUACAAAUUACUUGAAAAAGCUGCAAACUUAGGUGGUUUCCUAUCCUUCAAUGUUAGUUCCCACAAGGCCAUAGGGUGGCAUACUUAAGAGCAUCAUGGGAAAGAAGUGUAGCCAAAGGUAUUCAUUCCGUGACCCAAAAAUCUCCUCAUCUCCAGCUUCACAAAGCAUUAGCUUUAUUAUUUAUGUGCCCUCAGAAAGAUGGAUACUUUUCUGUAACCUUUCUGUCGAAGGAUGAAUCCAUGGCGUAAACGAGCAGACCAGGUCCCCAAAGUAUCUACCCACUCUGGAGAUGCAAAUGUUUGAGUUGUUCUUUUAAUGGUGCUAUUAAUCUUCAUUGCAAUAUCAAUCAAAAGGACCCUAAUCUUGACUCUUGUAGAAAUUAGGUUUUCCCCUAAAAGCUGAGGAGCAGUGAAAAUCGGAAAGCGAUGAGGAUUUUUCAGUGGCUAGCAUUUUGCAAGGGGCAGUGUGAGCAAUCUUUGAGUGUACAUGAGCUUUUCAGAGAGCUGAGGUCUUUUGUUUAUUUAGUUUGAAGGUUUUGCUAACAAAGGACUUCCUGAAUUUUGUUUUCAGGUAAAGACAUAAAUAUUAAAGAUUGUUAAGGAUAUCAUUGCAUAACUGUUUCAUAUUACAAGUACCUCAUUUUAGCAGGACUUGUACACUUAAUGGUAAGGCCCUAGGGAGUGUUGCUGA